UUGCAAACAUAUGCGCGAAGCUGUGCCCACAGAUGGCCGCGAGAAGAAUGGCGCGGGCGCCUUUUAUGAAGCGCGGGCGGCUGCCUGUCGUCGCCUCCUCCUCCUCCUCCUCCUCCUUCUCUUUUCCGCGAUCGGAGUGAGAGAGACAGAGAGAGAGAGAGAGAAAAGGAGGAACUCCUCCGAGUCCCGAGCCAAAGCCGCGCGCCUGGGCUCGUUUGUUACCGUUUUAAUCCUAUUAAUUAAAACGUUAACCUGAUUGGGUAGAGAGCGGGGUCCCAACAGGCGAGGCGGCUCCAGAAUAACCUUCGCGGCGAGAUAAUGAGGUAAAAAGCUCCCCCCGGCUGCGGCGGCGGCGGAGGCAGAAGCGGCAGAAGCAGAGAGAGCCAGGGCUCUUCCUCUCUCUCUCUCUCUCAUCCCCCCCUCCCCUCCUUCCCCUCGCCACCCCUCGGUGGGUCCCGGAAAUCUCUUGAAGGUGAAUCCAAGCAAGAUAAACGGCGCGAGAGGCUGGCUGGCAGCUCACAAUGCCUGAGCCCUUCAGAGGGUGAGAGAGCGAGAGAGAGGCGGAGAAGGAGAGUGUGAGAGAGGGAAAGGGGAAGACGCGCAAGGAAGGAAAGAGAGACACCGAGAGAAGCAGAGAGAGAGAGAGAGAGAGAGAGAGAGAGAGAGAGAGAGAGAGAGAGGAGGCGCGCCUCCGAGAAGAAGGAGCAGAAAGCGCCCUUCACAGGGUGGGAGAGGAGGAGAGAGAGAGAGAGAAAGGGGAAGAGGAGGACGCGCAGUGAAGGAGGGAGAGGGAGAGAGAGAGAGAGAGAGAGAGAGAGAAGGAGGGAGGGAGGGACACGUUGAGAGUUGAGAUUGAAAGAGCGAGAGAGAAACAGAGAGGGGGGGGGGGGAGGCGCGCCCCCGAAGAGCGCGAGAGGGAGACUCCAAACGGAGAGGAGAAGAAGGAGCAGAAAGCGCGAAGGCACCGAGAGCGAAGCAGCAACGGCGCCGUCUCCGUCCCUCUGAGGGAGACCCCUCGACCUUUGGAGGGUUGGGGGGAGGAGGAGGAAGAGGAGGAGGAGGAGGAGAGGAAGAGGAAGAGGAAGAGGAGGAGGGGACAGGCAGGCGCCCAUUUAGCGCCAUGGAGCGGGCGCUGCACCUGCCGACAGACGAGGACUUGUUCCGCAAGAGUUACAGCGCCUCGGCCAAGAGGAUGGAGUCGGCCUUCCGCUCCCCGCCGCCGAUGGGUCUGGACCUGGGCCCGCACUCGCACUCGCACCCGCCGCCCGCUCCGCCCCGGGAGCCCCGCCACCCGCGCGCGCCUUCCCCGCUGGGCUGCUUCGAGGCCUCGGGCGAGGCGGAGAGCGGCCUCGGCGCCGGCGACCCUUCCUUGUGCCUCAAGUUCGGCCCGGGCUCGGCGGUGGCCGAGAGCAGCGGCGGCGAGCAGAGCCCCGACGACGACAGCGACGGGCGCUGCGAGCUCCUGCUCCGGGGUCCCGGCGGGAACGGAGGCAGCGGCGGGAUGGCGGGGGGCGCCGCGGGCUCGCUGCUGAAGGGCCCCGAGGGCGGCGGGCUCCUCCUCGGCGGGGGCAGCGUGGUGGCGGCGGCCUCCGGGGGCAAGAAGUCCAAGGAGCAAAAGGCGCUGCGGCUGAACAUCAACGCGCGGGAGCGGCGGCGCAUGCACGACCUGAACGACGCGCUGGACGAGCUGCGGGCCGUCAUCCCCUACGCGCACAGCCCCUCCGUGAGGAAGCUCUCCAAGAUCGCCACGCUGCUCCUGGCCAAGAACUACAUCCUCAUGCAGGCCCAGGCCCUCGACGAGAUGCGCCGCCUGGUCGCCUACCUCAACCAGGGACAGGCCCUCUCCGCCGCCUCCUCCUUGCCCUCCUCGGCCGCGGCGGCGGCGGCAGCGGCGGCGGCGGCGGCGGCGUCCUUGCACCCGGCGCUGGGCGCCUACGAGCAGGCGGCGGCCGCGGGCUACCCCUUCAGCGCCGGCCUGCCGCCUUCCGCCGCCUGCCCCGAGAAGUGCGCCCUCUUCAACAGCGUCUCCUCCAGCCUCUGCAAACAGUGCACGGACAAGCCUUAAGGAGGGAAGGAGCGGCGGAGAGGCGCGCACUCACACGCGCGGACUCCCGGGAACUCUCCUUCCCUCCUCCUCCUCCGGCCCUUCUUUCCCUCCACGGGACCCUGCCGGCAGCUUCGGCUGGUGCUGCAACUGCCUUUGGGGAGAUGCUUUGGGGGACUGAAGUGCAACUACAUUGAGCUGCUUGGGGGGGAACUCAGACGCCGCUAGGGCCCCAACUACACUGAGACGAUCAGAAGGACUAUAGUGCAACCAAGGCCCCGUCUACAUUGAGGUGAUUUGGGAGACUGAAGUGCAACUAGGGCCCCAUCUGCACUGAGCUGGUUUGGGGAACUCAAACGCCACUAGGGUCCCAUCUAUACUGAGUCGAUCUGAAGGACAACUACAUUGAGGUGAUUUGGGGGACUGAAGUGCAACUAGGGCCCCAUCUACACUCAUCAUCUCACGCAGUUUCCAACCCUGUAUUGAAGAAAGUGCUUUGGCUGUGCAAGAAACCUGUGUGAGGCCCUUAUGGCCACUCUACCCAAAACAAACAGCAUCGAGGCACAUUCACCAGGGCUUUCUUUCUUUCGCUGCUUGGUGAGAGUUGGUUCUUCUGCGGUGUUUGAACUGCACGACAUGAGCAGUGUAGUUGGGGCCUGGGCGGCAUUGAGACACACACAAACACAUACACACACAGCCGCGGCGAUGGUGUGUAUGUCUUCGGGUGUGUGUGAACCCAAAAAGGGAACUGCAUUUGGGGGGAGACGGCCUCCUUCUGCUUCUUCUGCCCGCCUGAGUUCUAGAAAACUUCCGAGUUUGGGGUGAACUUUUGUGACAAAGCAACCAAGGACUGGGAAGGGAACCUGGGGAAGGUUUGUGCAAGUGGUGGAUUGUAAACUCAGACAAAUCAAGAAGGGCACUUCAAAAGGUAUCCAUCCAUGCCCCCACCUACAAUUAUUAUUUGAUUUUAUUGCUUCUGAGCCGAGCAAACUUGAAAUGUAGACUUCACUUCUUGAGAUAAUGAGGUCUGCACAAAAAUCUCUCUGAAAACCUGUGUAUUAUUUUGAAUUAUGAUUAUUUUCUCUGAACUGAAUUCCCUGUGAAAGUACGCAGAGCUGGGGAGGAAAAGGUGGACUCUUAAGAGGCGAGGAGCUCCUCUCCCUGUGGCGGAAGCUCUGCGGGUUUAUUUUUCAAUUGGAAAAGACGUGCACCUUGUUUCUUUUCACAUUGCAAUGCUGUGUGCGGGAAGACAUGCUAUUUAUUUCAGUGGCCCUGCCUCUCACGCCAAGAACCCUCUUCCUGUGUUGAGGUCAUGGGUUUUAUGUGAUGAUUUUAUUAUGAUUAUGAUUAUUAUUUAAAAGAAAGAUGCUUUUUUUCAAAUGACCGAUAACUUAAACUUUGUGCCAAGUGUUUCAAACGUUGAUUUGCCAGGGAACUAGAUCUCUUGAUGUAUUCCCAGCCUGAUGAAGCUUCUGAAAGGUCGCUUGGAUUUUUAGUUGCAUCAUCCCUGUAUUUGUAAUAAAUUGAGCUUUAAUAAAUUGCUUCAGUCCAAAAAAAACAUGAGAAGAAAGGUGUAUUCUUAAUGAUUCCAUGAACUGGACUGUUGGCGACGAGAAACUCUUUGCGGCAUGAAAGGAUUUUCUGUUUCUAGAUAUUUGCUGUGACAACAAGGCAUCAGGCAGUGGCUCUUUGUCAAGAAAUUGCAGAAAAACCCGCCUUUUCCAGAUGGUAGUGUUCUGUUUCUCAGAGGGAGAGAAUAAGGCCAGAUUUGCAUAUGUGUGUCUGUGUGUGUGUGUUUGAAGAAAACCUGUUUAUGAACGUUAUAUUCGCUGAAACUUAUCGUUGUUGCUCAGGCUGGAUCUACAUUGCCAAAUAAUGCGGUUUGAACUGCUUUGACCUGCAUUAUAUGCGUCUACACUGACCAUAUCAUGCAUUAUCUGACAGUGUAGAUCCAGUCUGAGUUCCUUUUUUUCUACCAUAUGCAUUGUCCAUAAAUGAUGAUAGAAGGCAAAAGAGUAAAGGGAUACUUGUUGCCCUCAAACAAAAUGAUUUUGUAUGGAUUUCUUUUCAAGCCCGUCCAUAAGCCUUUAACCGAAGUACUGGGGUCUGAUGUGGUUUAACAAUUGCCAGACAAGGAUCCAGAGAAAGUUACUUCUGGUCCUUUACACACUCAUCCCAACUGUAUUUGCUUGGUCCUGUCAAUUCCUUGAUCGAAUUUACUUCCAGCAGAGUAUGUUGUUGGCAUUGUAAGAUUAAAUGGCUUUGACUGUUCGACCCCCCCCCCCCCACCUUUCCCAAAUGGACUUUGGGUGCAUCAUUCUACACUGUAUAAUGAAUGCAGUUUGACGCCGCUUUAACUGCCAUUGCUCAAUGCUGUGGAUUAUGUGAGUUGUAAUUUCACUUGUUUGCCUCGCCUCACCAAACCACAAAUCCCAGGAUUCCAUAGCACUGAACCAUGGCAAUUAAAGUAGUGUCAAAAACUGCAUUCAUUUUAUAAUCUGUAUGCAUCCCCUAGUCUCAUUCCAGAGAUUUAACAUGCAUCUACAUCGUCAAAUUAAUGCAGUUCUACACCACUUUGGCUUCUAUGGCUCAAUGCUAUGGAAUUAUGAGAGUUAUAGUUUGGCAAGGUCUUUAGCCUUUCCUGCUAGGGUGUGCUGGUGCCUCACCAAAUUACAAAUCCCAGGGUUCUAUAACCAUGGGAAUUAAAGUGGCCUCAAACCGAAUUAAUUUGAUAGUGUCGAUGCACCCGAAGAGCACACACAACCUGCUCUUAAGUUCUGUGGGCCUUCAUCCCAAGUACUGUACAGAAUCACAAACAGACUCAGUUUGUUAUUGACGGCUUUCAUGGCCGGAAUCAUUGGGUUGCUGUGAGUUUUCCGAGCUGUAUGGCUAUGUUCCAGAAGCAUUCUUUCCUGAAAUUUUGGCCACAUCUAAUGUUUAGGGUGGGAGAAAGACCCACCAAUGCCAAUGGUUAGCAUUGAGCUAUUCAAUGCUAAUCAAGCUGGCCAAUUGCAACAUUCAAACUUGCCUCAGGCAGACAAGAGUUCUUUCUCCCACCCUGGACCUUCCACAGAUAUAUAAAUAAACCCUUUUCUCCUAGUUUCCAACAGACCUCACAACCUCUGAGAAUGCCUGCCAUAGAUGUGGGCGAAACAUCAGGAAAUAAUGCUUCUGGAACAUGGUCAUACAGCCUGUAAAAAUCACAGCAACCCUACUUCAUUUCUUUGGAAGGAGGCUGGAUCUGCACUGCCAAAUAAUGCAGUUUGAACUGCAUGAUAAUGUUAAGUGUUGACCCCUAUCAUGCAGCUCAGUGCAGUUCAAGUUGCAUUAUGUGGCAGUACACUGAGCAUACCAUGCAGUUCGAACUGCAUUAUUUGGCAGCGUAGAUACAGCCUUCUUUGUAGUGAGACGUGUUUGUUGUUUGGUUUUGUUUUCUCUUCUGAGCCUUAAAUCACCAAGAGAUAGGCCAGCGGUGCCUGAGCCACCUUAAACCGAAGUCCUUUGGCAGAACUGGAUUGGCUCCAUCCAAGUGGGUCCCGCAAAUCUUUCUUUCCUUUCUUCCCUCUUUCCCCUCUGCUCUCUCUCUCCCCCCCCCCCUCCCUCCCUCCCCCCCCCCCCCUCUCUCUAAGGCUUGGUCUUUUUUCACUUGUUUGCUGCUAAUCCAAAUGCAGUCUGUCAGCUUUGGAUGGCAAAAAGAGGGCCGCGAUGGCUCUGUUGGCAGGUCAUGGAUGUGUAAAGCGUGUGCGCCUGAGAGAGAGAGAGAGAGAAAGAAAGAAAGAGAGAGAGAUCUAUAUUAAAUAGGUCAAUCAGAUGAUGACAGCCCUGUACGGCGGUUUGUCUGUGUGUAAUCUCGGAAAAAAUCUUUAUUAUUAAACUAUUUU